AGAAAGAAAAGGUCAUGUGAUUAUCGAUUGAAGCAAAUGGCAGAUAAUUGAAUUGAAGGGAUUUUUAUGACAAAAAGCAUUUGGGAAAAACAAAUAAUUAGGUUAACUUGUUCAUGGGGAGGAUACAGUUUUGGCUUCCAAGACACUCAACUACUUGCCUUUAAGUAAUAAAAUACAAUUGAAACUCCAUUUUCAUUUCAAUCUCACUUCAUUACAACUCCCCAACAAAACCUUACAACAAAACCCUUCUCUAAAUUCUUGUGUUGUAGUUCAUACAAAAGCCAAGAACAAUGUCAGAUCAUCUCUCUGAAGAACUUGUGGCGGAAAUCCUGAAGAGAUUAUCAGUCAAAUCUCUGCUCAAAUGCAGAAGUGUCUGCAAAUUAUGAAAAAUCUAACAUAUCCUAUGAAACCACAGUUCGUAUUGCACAGUGAUAAUGAGUCCUUUAGUGAGUUUAAACAACUGGGUGACUAUGGAAAUGAUGUAGACGUAGCCGGUUCGUGUCAUGGUUUGGUUUGUUUGUCUGAUGGAAUGAAUAAUCGUCUGAUUGUAUGGAACCCGGCAAUUGGAGAGUUUAUUACAACUUCUUUAAGAGAGCAUUGCAACGGCACUACUCACUUUGUUGGAUUCGGGUUUGAUAGCAAGAGCAGCGCCUACAAAGUUGUUAGGAUUGCUUAUAUUGGUAAGGUUUUUAAACCCUUUGGACUCAUCCAACCAUUUGUUGAAAUUUUUGAACUUAGCUCCAAUGCUUGGAGGACCAUUACUGUCAAGAAUCUAAAUUAUGUUCUUUAUGAUACUGAUUCUUGUGCUUAUUUGAAUGGUUCUGUUCAUUGGGUAGCACAAAUAUACGGCGGGGUUGGUAGAAAAAUGAUGAUAGCUUCCUUUGAUUUGAGCAACGAAGUAUUUGAAGAGUUGAUGCUCCCUCAUGCCCUAGUUGACUCGAGUGACCCUAGUGUUUCUUUAUCGGUGUACUGCCAGUCAUUAGCUCUAAUACACUGUGAAGAACCGAUAUUUUAUGACGAGUCUUACAUGAGUUAUACAAAAUGUUCUAUUUGGGUGAUGAGAGAGUAUGGUGCAGCAGAAUCUUGGACAAAACAAUUUUCUGUAGAUUUACCAAAUCCUGGAGCUUUACUGAGGGUGCUAAGCUUUCAACGGCAUGGUGGAAUUCUUAUCGAGGAUAGCAAUAGUGAGAUAGCUUCUUAUGACCCCCGGACACAAAAGGUCACACCUCUUUGCUUCCAUGGAUACAUCUUCGAAGUGCAUUCUUACAUGGAGAGCCUUGUUUUACUCAAGAACAGAUACAGUUAGAAGGUCAUAGCAAGAAUAGAAGUGUAAGACUGGACCCGAGCUAUCAAUUCGUAACAUGCUUUGCUCAAGUAGGUUUAACUUUAUAUAUUUAUGUCUUUUGUUUUUGCUGAUCAUGACACUAUAAACAGCUAAAUUAACCGUCUUUUUGAUGAAUAUAAUGAUACCUAUGUAACCGAAAAUUUUGUAUCGUUGAUUCAUGUUAUGGUUUGAUCUAUGUACUGUCUUAAUGAAAAUUACAGUCUAUCUAUUUAUUUGA